CCCCGCCGGUCCUCUGCUCUAUUCCCUGCCGGCCACGAUGGAGGAAGAAGCUGGAGUGCUGAAGGAGGGCUUCCUCGUCAAACGGGGACAUGUCGUUCGUAACUGGAAAGUGAGAUGGUUUGUCCUGCUUCAGGAUAAGCUGCUGUAUUACAAAAUUGAAGGAGGAAAGAAGGAGCCUUCUCCAAAGGGCAGGAUCCUUUUGGAUGGCUGCACUAUUACUUGUCCAUGCCUGGAAUAUGAGAACAGACCGCUACUCAUCAAACUAAAGACAAAAACCAAUACAGACUAUUUCCUUGAAUGUUGCUCCAGGGAGGAACGUGACUCUUGGGCUUUGGACAUCACUGGAGCUAUUCAUGCUGGUCAUCCAGUACAGGUACAAGAACUUCACAGAAUGAAGAAUUCUUUCAAACUGCUAGAAAAUAUCAGCCUCCACAAUAUAGUGGAGAGAAUGUAUGACAGCAGCACUGGAAUUAAGCUGACCCGCAAUUUGGAUCAAGGCAACAGAUAUAAAGAGACCUUCACAGGUUCCGCCCUGGUGGACUGGCUCAUCUCCAACGGCUUUGCUGUGUCGCGAUUCGAGGCCAUCACCUUGGCAUCCAUGCUGAUGGAUGAGAACUUCAUCAGGCCCGUGGGAGUCCGCAGCACCGAGGCCACGCGCUCCAGUGACCUCUCGGAGAAGUUUCUCGACGACUCCACCGCACUCUACAUGUUUGCUGAGAGCAGUAAGAAAAAUACUAGUUCCAAGGAAGAGGUUAAUUUUAACAUCUCUGAAUUAAGUGGCACAAUUGUGAAGCAAGGAUUCUUAGUGAAACAGGGUCACAAGAGGAAAAACUGGAAGGUGAGAAAAUUUGUUUUGAGAGCUGAUCCUGCUUUUUUGCACUACUAUGAUCCCACCAAGGAAGAUAACAAGCCAGUAGGUGGAUUCUCUCUUCGUGGCUGUCUUGUCUCAGCUCUGGAGGACAACGGAGUCCCAGCAGGAGUGAAGGGCAAUGUGCAAGGCAACCUUUUCAAAAUCAUUACCAAAAAUGACAUUCAUUAUUACAUCCAGGCCAGCUCCAAGGCAGAGAGAGUGCAGUGGAUUGAGGCAAUCAAACCGCUGACAUGAGUGAUGCGAACUCUGUGCCAAAUGACAAACUACAUUUAUGACCAACUUCUUUCUCUCAUUGCCUGGGAGUGUUGUUUUUCCUUUGAUAGUCAAUGUUCAUUAUUUGAAUCACCAUAGCACCUACCAGUUCCUGGCAGACCAUGCAGACCAAAUCAAGUAGAUCCAGAAUAAUUCCCCCCUCCUUGAAUUUACCAUCUAACCAAGGGACAAAACCAGG